GGCGGCGCUGUUGACGCACGCGAACACCUCCAGCGCGACGUGACGUUGGAUGACGAGUGCACGCAGACGCUGUUUACGCAGAAGGCUGUUUGCAUUUUUAAUCUAAUUGAUUCUCAAAUCAUCUGGAAGUGAUCUUAAACCAGCAAGAUGGGUGAACGUAAAGGAGUGAACAAGUACUACCCUCCUGAUUUCGACCCAGCUAAGCAUGGUUCUAUCAAUGGCUAUUGGAAAACGCACCCGCUGCGGGAACGGGCCCGGAAACUGUCUCAGGGCAUCCUCAUCAUCCGAUUUGAGAUGCCGUAUAAUAUUUGGUGUGACGGUUGUAAGAAUCAUAUCGGCAUGGGGGUUCGAUACAAUGCGGAGAAGAAAAAAGUGGGCAAUUACUACACAACUCCAAUAUACAGGUUCAGGAUGAAGUGCCAUCUGUGUGUGAACUACAUCGAGAUGCAGACAGACCCAGCCACCUGUGAUUAUGUCAUCGUGAGUGGAGCCCAAAGGAAAGAGGAAAGAUGGGACAUGGCUGAGAACGAGCAGAUACUCACUACCGAGCACAGUGAGAAAGAGAAACUGGAGACGGACGCCAUGUUUAAAUUAGAUCAUGGAGGAAAGGAUAAAGAAAAGCUACGGGCCGCCAUCCCGUCUCUCAAUGAGCUUCAAGAGCAGCAGUCCGGGUGGAAAGAUGACUUUCAGCUUAACAGCGUCCUCCGCAGGAAGUUCAGGUCUGAGAAGAAAGUGAUUGCUGAGGAGGAGGAGAAAGACAAUGCAGUGCGAUUGAGGACUGGUCUGUCCAUCCCCUUGUUACCGGAAAGAGAAGAAGAUAAGAAACUGGCAGCACUGCUCACCUUCCAGAGCCCUGACUCAUAUGAUGACAGACAGCAGACGAAAAGGCUACAGAUAUCUUCUCGUUCCUGGUUCGUUAGCCCAUCUUCAGCAGCAGGGGGAGCCGCUGGGAGCCUCUUGCAAAAGUUAGGCCAGCAGGGUCGAGGAGCAGCUGUGGCUAAAGCACUGAGCUCUACGACACCCAGUGCGCACAUCCUGGUACGCAGGAAGUCAGAAAGCAGCAAGACUGAAACUGCCAGCAUUAUGACCUCCAGCUCGUCCCCUGCUGCUAACUCAGCAGCUGUAGACACAAACCCCACGGACUCGCUUUCUCCUAUCACUAAUAACAUGAAUUCAAGCACAGACACAAACACUCCCAGCUGCACUUCAGAGACACAUAAAGGAAGCCCUUCAGAGGAGGACAGAAGCUUGCACGCUCUUACUGGAAAGUCUCUGGUUGCAGAUUACAGUGAUUCUGACUCGGGCAGUGAGGUCUGAUUUAGACCAGAAGUUGAAUUUACGUAGCUGUAAAUCCUACAGUAUCAACAUUUAUGUUAAACAAUUAGUCAUUAUUUACCAAAAAAAUAAACUCUUCCACAUUGAA